AGUGCGCGGCGGCGGUGGCGGGGAUGGGCGGCGCGGCGCUGGCGCUGCUGCGGCUGCUGCUGCUGGCGGCGGGGCCGUGCGCGGCGCAGUACGAGGAGUACAGCGUGCGCGGAUUCCCCGCGGCCGCGCUGGAGCCGCUGCAGCGCGCCUACGCGCGGGCGCUGUCGCAGUACGCGGGCGCGCAGUGGGCGGAGAGCGCCCGGGAGCUGGAGGCCAGUCUGCGGCUCCACCGCCUGCUGCGGGACAGCGAGGCGCAUUGCCACCGCCGCUGCGCCGCGCCCGCGGAGGGGGGCCCCGCCGAGGAGCCCCCCGCGGGAGGGGACCCCCCCGCCUGGGAGUGGGAGCGGGAGAUGCAGCUCUUCGGGCGGCUGCUGCGCCGCGCAGGCUGCCUGCGCGCCUGCAAGCGCGACCUGCCCGUCUUCCAGCUGCGCUACCCCCCCGCGCAGACGCUGCGCGACUUCCAGCGCCGCCUGCCCUACCAGUACCUGCACUACGCGCUCUUCAAGUCAAAUAAGAUCGAGAAAGCGGUGUCUGCUGCCCACACCUUCCUGCAGAAGAACCCCAAGCACGAGAUGACCUUGAAGUACCUGAACUAUUACAAGACGAUGGUGGACGUGGAUGAAUACCUGGUCGACCUGGAGGCUCAGCCCUACGAGCGGAUAUUCGUGCGGUCGGUGAAGCUGUACAACAACGGGGAUUUCCGGAGCAGCGUGGCCGACAUGGAGCAGGCGCUGGCCGAGUACUACAAGGCGUACGAGGACUGCCUGGCCGGCUGCGAGGGCGCCUACGAGCUGCAGGAGUUCAAGGACUUCUACCCUGCCAUCGCAGACCACUUUGUGAGCGUGCUGCAGUGCAAGGUGGACUGCGAGACCGAGCUCACCCCCAAUGUGGGCGGCUACUUCGUGGAGAAGUUUGUGGCCACCAUGUACCACUACCUGCAGUUCGCCUACUACAAGUUGAAUGACGUGCGGGAUGCGGUGCGGAGCGUCUCCAGCUACAUGCUCUUUGACCCGGGCGAUGCCGUGAUGCAGCAGAACCUGGUCUACUACCGCUUCCACCGCGAGCGCUGGCGCCUGCAGGAGGAGGACUUCGAGCCUCGGCCGGAAGCCGUGCGCUACCACAACCGGACGGCCACCCAGAAGAAGAUGCUGGAGUUCGCCAGGCAGUACCUGCAGGCUGACGAUGAGAUGGAGGUGGACGGCAGCGAGGGGCCGGAGGCGCGGGACCUGCCCUCCGACGGCGAGUUCGAGGGCGAAGGCGACUACGAGGAGGGAUUCUUCUCAGAGUGGUGGCAGGAGCCCAAGACCAAGGGGGACAAAGCCGACCAAGAGACCCUGCGAUGAGCCAGGCGAAGGGGCGCCCGGCCGCGGCAGAGCUGGACGGCGGUGGCCCUGCGAUGCCAUCCUGGGGACACCGGGCUUCGGGCUCCUGCCAGCCACCGUGUGGAACCUUGGGCUCACGGGGAAGGGCUGCUCCUGCCCCGUGCCCUGCGGCAGCGCUGCCUUCGCCCUCUGACUCCUCUCGGGGCAGCACCAGCGCCGCCCAACCUCCCUGCCUGCCCAGGAGCUCCCCCCGGGCCACCCCUGUCCCCGAUGUCCCCAGGAGCCCUGGCCAGUGGUGGUGCCCUGCAGCACUGGGGUUUACUGCGUCCCUCGGCUCCUCCCCAGGACCUGGGGACGCUGUGCCAGGACCGACCCCCGUGUUGUCUCGAGGGGCUCGGGGGGCUGCCCCUGCUCUGGGAGCAAUGCUCGGUGCUGCUGGAGCUGGACAUGGAUGCUGGUCCUGCCCCUCCUCGGGGCUCCCCAGGUGCCUCCAGCCACCCAGCCCACCUGCCAGCCCCCAGAGCCCGGGUCCCUUUGGACCCCGUGGCCCGGUGCUAAACGGGGCUCCCGGUGUGCUGGCGUCCCCGUGCUGCCGCGUGGCUGCAGCCUGGUGAGGUUGCGUUGCCCGUGCCCUGCGUGUGCCUUGAAUUUUCGCCACACCAGCCCUCUGUAGCCUUAAGCUCCGUUAAUUUAAUACUUCCUGACUUGCACAGUUGCUUUUUUUUUUUUUUUUUUU